AUCGUAGCCGGUCUGUGUUGAACGGUCAUAGCAGGGAAACGUAUAACAUAGUGUGGCCAGUGGACAUUGUAACAUUUUCGAUUGUUGCGGUUUUUGAUAAUGAAAGUGUAGUUUUAAGUUUUGUACGAAUUUCUUUUCAUUUUUUUUAAAUUUUGUAACCUAGUUUUAGUGACUGUGUGUUGAGUAAUUGUUUUUAAAUAAUUUGUGCGUUUCAGUUGGUUUUUUUUUGGAUAAAAAAAAGUUUCUGAAAUAAAAACAUUAAAAUUUCAUCUUUGGAUUUCAUCUUACAACAUUUAUUAAAAUGACUAGUGGAGUUCAAACUGUUAUCAAAAAUCCCAGCUGGUGGCGACGGCGAACAGCUUUAGAAAAGACGUUAACAUUAAUUAGCAUAGUCGGAGUGAUUGCAAUCAUUGCAUUAGCUAUUUCCCUAAUUUCUGUGAUUUUAAAUAACAAAUCGCGUGAAGAAAACAAAUUGCUUACAAAGUCUACCGCUCAGGCUUUAGAUGGCUCACCAGGAUCUCAUAUCAAUACAGUAGACAGUAGAAAAUCUUCAUGCAAUCAAAAUGUUAACGAUGUAUGUCUCACGACUGGCUGCAUUCACGCUGCAGCGAAUGCUAUCGAAGCAAUAGAUUUCCAGGUCGAACCAUGCGACGAUUUUUACAAUUUCGCCUGCGGAAAUUUCAUCAAAAAUACCAUCAUUCCCGACGAAAAGGUUUCGAUAAAUACAUUUUCGAUCAUCGGCGACAAAUUACAGGAACAGCUGAGAACGUUAAUCAGCGAAGAGGCACGGCCAGGUGAAGCAAAACCAUUCACACUAGCAAAGGAUUUGUUUAAAGCGUGCAUGAAUAAGUCGUUGAUUGAGGAGCGAGGUGUUAAGCCAUUGAUAACUAUUUUGGAUAAAUUGGGUGGAUGGCCGGUUAUCAAGGGGGACAGAUGGGAUGAUCGAUCAGCUUGGACUUGGAUAGAGGCUGUCAAGGAUUUCAGAAAAGUCGGAUAUAGCAUGGACUACAUAUUCGAUUUUUCGGUCGGAAUUGAUUUGAAGAAUUCCACGUCGAGGACAAUUGAUAUUGAUCAGGCCGCCAUCGGUCUAAGUCGUGAAUAUUUAAUUAAAGGAUUAGAGGAUAAAAUAGUCAAAGCAUAUUAUGAGUACCAAGUUGACAUGGCUGUGAUAUAUGGAGCUGAACGAUCUCGAGCAGAGCGUGAGCUUAUGGAAUCAUUGGAAUUCGAAAUUGCAUUGGCUAACAUCUCGCUUCCCAAUGAAAAAAGACGUAACGCGACCGCUUUGUACAAUCCGAUGCCACUUCAUGAAGUACAAAAGAAAUACAAUUACUUACCUUGGGUGGAAUACAUUAAUGCCUUAUUGCCCCCUGGUCUAAGCGUUAACGAAAAUGAGAUCAUUGUCGUCAGCGUACCGCAGUACUUUGAAGAUUUAGGAAAGUUACUGCACAAAACUCCGAAGCGAACAAUUGCAAAUUACAUGAUGUGGCGUGUCACAGCAUUCUCGUCAUUCUUCCUGACUGAAGAACUGCGCAAACGGCAGUUGGUAUAUAGUACAGCAUUGAGUGGUAAACAAGAACAGGAACCGCGAUGGAAGGAAUGCAUUGACAUCACAAGUGGAAGUUUACCAAUAUCCGUUGGUGCUUUGUACGUACGAAAGCAUUUCCAACAAAAUGCUAAACGCACAGCAUUAGAAAUGGUAAACGGCAUUCGUGCCGAAUUCGAACGAAUCCUAACAACAGUGCCAUGGAUGGACGCAACCACCAGAGCGGCUGCAUUGACCAAAGCCAAAGCGAUGACCACACAUAUCGGUUAUCCCGAUGAAAUAAUGGACGAUAAGAAAUUGGAGGAAUACUAUGAAGGACUGGAAAUCAAUCCCGAUACAUACUUGGAGUCAGUACUGCGAAUGAAUGUGUUCGGAACCGAUUAUGCAUUUAAUAAAUUGCGAAAACCAGUCAACAAAACCGAUUGGGUCACCCAUUCAAGACCAGCUAUUGUGAAUGCAUUCUAUUCAUCGAUUGAAAAUAGUAUUCAGUUCCCAGCUGGCAUCUUACAAGGACAAUUUUUCUCGGCUGACAGACCCAGAUACAUGAACUACGGAGCUAUUGGAUUUGUGAUCGGUCACGAAAUUACACACGGUUUUGAUGAUCAGGGCCGUCAAUUCGACUCGGAUGGCAAUUUAGUUGACUGGUGGGAAGAAGAAACGAAAACAGCAUACUUAUCACGUGCCAGUUGCAUUAUUGAUCAAUAUGGAAACUAUACAGAACCGACAACCGGCUUGAACCUGAAUGGAAUCAAUACCCAAGGUGAAAAUAUUGCUGAUAAUGGAGGCAUCAAAGAGUCCUACAUCGCCUACAAACGUUGGGUAGAAAAGAACGGACCAGAACCUCGAUUGCCCGGCCUAGACUUUUCACCACAACAGCUGUUCUGGAUUUCCGCCGCCCAGACAUGGUGUUCCGUCUAUCGAACCGAAUCGAUGAAAAUGCGCAUCACAACCGGCGUACAUUCACCGGCCCAAUUCCGUGUACUCGGACCACUCAGUAAUAUGCGUGACUUUGCAUCCGAUUUCAAUUGUCCCGAAGGAUCCAUGAUGAAUCCGGUGAAAAAAUGCGAAGUUUGGUAGUUUUUCCACCUGACGUAGAGCUGAUACCAUUUUAUGUUACACAAAAUUUGAAAAGAUUUUUUUUUCUCUCUCAUUUGAGCUUUACGAUUUUUGAACGAUGAAUCAGCAGAUGAAAUAUCAGGAAAAUUAUUAAAAUUUACGGAAAAGAUUUUUGGAAUUGAAAGUGAGAGAUGUGGAAGGGAGUUUAGGGAGUUUUGGAGAUGCAAAAUCACAUUUAAAAAAAAAUGCAAUCGCACUGUCUUUGGUACGUAAUCUUUGAUUGAAUCACGUCUCUGGUAUGCAGGACCUAAUAUCUGACGAAAACAUUUCUAAAAUAUCUCGAAUUAGACGAUGGUUUUAGUGAAUUCAUUGAUUCAGAGAUUAGGUUCUGCGUCUGCUUAUACCUUUGACUCAAAACAGAAUACUUAAAUUUAAAAACCGGAUAGGUCGAUGUAAUUAAAGUUAAUUAACAAAACAUAAAAAUCUCAAUGACUUCAAUGAAAGGAGUGCAUUUUAAGUACUUAAUUUUCAUUGUUUUUAAUUUUUAAUUUAUUUUUAUUUUUUAUUUUUAAAUUUACUGAAACAUUUUAAAACAGUUUGUAGUAAUGUGGCGACCACCGUUCCAAUCCAAUCACCGUUUUCUGUACUUUUAAAAUAAAAAAACAAAAAAUGAACCUAGAGCAAAUUGUUGAUGUCUUUGUAAUUUUUAAACACGUAAAAUUUCAUAACCGAUUUAAUUAGAACUUUUAUGAAGAUAUUAGAUGCAAAACAAUUAUAUUAUAGUCAAUUCAAUUAAUAUAUUUAUUACAUUCAACAAGAAUCUAAACAAAUGUUUUUCGUAGAAUAUUUUGUAUUUAAAUGUGUUAAAAGAAAAAUAUAAAUAAAAGAAAAAUUUGUUGAAAA